CACCAUUUUUAGAGUAAGGGGUCUGUGGAGAACUCACAGUAUUGAAUCACAGAUUACGUUGGAUUUCCUCACUUUUUCGAGCCCGAAUUCUUCCGAAAAGAUCACAAGAUGAAUGGGAAGAAAGACAGAAGCAGGCGGAACAAAAAAUCAGAAUCCCCAGCGACCCCGGCAACCCCAGACUCCAACCCAGGAAGGACCAGAAGAACAAAGCUCUCCAAAGACGAAGAUGCAACAGAUGACUUUGUGAGGCACAAAAAGUUACGGAACGCCAGCAGGAAUGGAAGCAGAAUGGCAGUGUCCAGUGACUCGGGGACCAGUGAACCGUCAUCGUCAGGAGCAAGUACACCAAGGCCUGGUUCCCUUGAAAUCCCUAUGAGAGAGACAAGUACAGAAUCAUCUCCUGUAGGGGAGGUCCAAGAACUGCCAAAAGGGAAAGGAGAAGUGGUAUCAAAGAGGUUGGUUGUUAAUAGUGAUAUUGUAAGUGCCAGGACUACAGAAUCACGGCAAAUGGUGCAAACGGUUACUGAAGUUAAGAGCAUGGCUGAAGUGGUCCAGGAUAGUGAAGAUGAUGAAGAAACGGACAGCGCCCUCUCUGGGGAUGAUGAAGCCAUGCAGUCAGAGUCAAUGAAUGAGCCAGUAUCUGCCUUGACUCCUGUCAGGACUGGUGUGAAGAGGCCGGGAGAGUUCCCAGAGUCUGCUACACCCCAGAAGAAGCUAGCUGUUGAUGCCAAAGAAUUGGAAGGCCAGAGGGUACUGGCGAGAAGGGGUGAAGCAUUUUCUCCUGGAAUAAUCAAACUUGUAAAAAAGAAGAGCAUUGGUGUGUUGUUUGAAGGGGACCAGGGCCUUACUAUGUUCAAUGAUGUUAUGGACUCCGAUCAGAUUUGUAUUGUCAGUGAUAAAGUGCCUCCAGUGAACACACUGAGUAAUGGGUCCAAAGUAUGUGUCCAGAGAGAUGGCAAAGGACAGUAUUUUGAGGCCUUUGUCAGGGAAAUGAGACCAAACUCCAUUUAUCAAAUUGUUAUGGCUUCUCAGUUACGAGAAGGCUCAAGUAGCAGUUCAGAAGACAUGACAGUCCCUCUUUGGAAGCUGAGGAUGUUACGACCUCCGUGGCAGAACCCUCCCUCUGGACCUGUUCAAACUCCUGGUGCAAUUGCCAGACAGCUGACGUACAGUCCCUUUGAAUCCAAGAAUGAAUCUAUUCCACUGCCUAAUCUGCACUUUGACUUGCAUAAAGUGACACCUCCAGAACAGAAGACACUUUCGGAUCGACUUGUCCAAGACAGGAAUGUCUUCAUCCGUGACAGGCACUUGAGUGGUGAAAGGAGAGUUCAGUUGCCUCUGGAGGAUAUUGGGUCAGAUGACGAGCUCAAGAACUUUGACAGGCCCCUGGAAUUCCGUGGACGACCAACACUUACUCCAGGAACAACUGGUACGUCCACCCCUGGUUCUCUCUACUCUCCAUUUGAGAGCAGCCUGGCUCGAUUACCUACCAGCUAUUCAAAUCGCAAAAGACACAUCAGCAGUGCCAGUAACGCAUCAACCAUCUCCAUUGGUAGCACCCAUUCCCUGACUCCUCCACCAAAGUACAAGAAGGGUGAAGUCAUCUGCAACGCCAAUGGAGUCCGCAAGAAGUUCAACGGUAAGCAGUGGCGACGACUGUGCUCCAGGGAAGGAUGCAACAAGGAGUCCCAGAGACGCGGUUACUGCUCUCGACAUCUUUCCAUGCAGGGUAAGGACCUGACAGGGGAAGCAUCUUCUGGCCAGGAGCAGGACUGGGACAGUGACUCAAGGUGUUCAAGUGCCAGGACUGUCCGCACAGGUAAGAUGGCUGAUUAUCAAUAUACAAUCCUGCACCUAAUUUGCACCUCACAAAAAAUCCCUGAAAAAUCACAAGCAAAUCAUCCCAUGCAUGGAAUAUGUGUGUAAUGGAUUUGUCUGAAAUGUUGCUGUGAUUUCUAACUCCCACUGGCUAAAAUUUGAAGUCUGUGGCACCUUUGGCUACAGGUUUUUAAUAGGCGAGACUAAAGAUUUUUUUUUAAUAUUUGAAGGGAAAGAGUGUUUGAGGUUUAAUGCAGCGCAUCAAUUUGUUUAUUUCAAUUAUUAAUCUCUUAAGAAUAGGGGAUUCCCUCCUUGUGCUCCUGCACGAUCAUAUUUCUUUGGUUUGGCUCACGAUUUUUGGUAACUAAUAUCUUGGUAUUUCCGGGUUUUCUUCGUGGAUUGAUACUUGCACAGAGUAUGCAGCAAGUAAUAGAACAAAUUACUUUUUAAUUUGAAAUAUGAAAAUUACAGCAUACUGGUCUUCAUGUAGCUGUAAUACAUAGUUACAUACAACAUGUAUAAUACUGUGCAUCUGGCAUAAAUUAUUUCUUUAAUGUUCAUGAAUAUAUUUUGCCUCUGGCUAAUCAGCCUGAGCUUGGUGAGCUGCCUGACAAUGAUUAGUCUGUUAUCGUAUUGAGUAUUUGGAUUGAAAAAAAAAUCCCUUUAAUAAACAAACUUGAAAGUCUUAUGAUGAUCUCAGGGAAAAAGAAAAUGGGGGGGGGGGGGGGGGCGGAGGUUGGGAGUUCAGGGCGAUUUCAACCCCCAAAGUAAGUGCGCAAAAGAGAACCAGAAAACCCUUUUCACUGCAAUGUUCAAUUUUAUCCAAUAUGGCAGUUUUAGGCAGUACUGUACCUUGUUUGUGAAAAGUGUUCCACUGAAAAAUGAAUGUGAGAACUACAUGUACAUGUAUAUUAUUAUUCAAAACAAGACAUGAUCAAUUAUAGUUCCAUGUUCAACUUUAAAACAUUUUUGAAAUAAUUUGUUGGCUUCCAAAGUUUAUGAAUUUGACUCGACCUACAUGGAGCUUCAUUUUUGCUAUUAAAGGUUAAUUCCAGUUCUGGUAACGAUCUCAAAAUGACUUUUUACAGAAUCUAAUAUAAUGACCACCCAAGUGUCUGUUUGUAUGAAUAAAAAAUAUGUGCCAAAGGAUUCUGGAAGAAAUUGUGUAAUUGCUGAGAAAUAAGCAAAAUAAAGGCGGAUUCUGUCACUUCCGUCGGGUCUUUAUUCCAGCAAUAAUAACACACUGUCCCAUGUGUGCCUAUCUGUGUUGGUGAUCUUCAGUGUGAUGUAUUUCAGCUUAGAUUUUAUGAUUUCACAAAGUUCAGUUUAUGCAACUGUACCAGAUCUAGAUCCACGAUGAUAUAGUCAUACUUAACCUUGGUUUUACAGACUUUCUCACAAAAUUAGUGUUUUACUGCAACUACCGGUACUGUCAUUUAGCUUUAAUGAGCUGAAUACAAAUCAGCUUUAUACGAUUUGAGUGUAUUGUAGUACAGUAUAAAGGAGCUUUUUCAGUACGUGCGCUUUUCAUGGAGUGAGCUGCUAAAUUUUCUUAAAUUUUUGUCAUUUCCUGGAUGGAAAAUGUACAACACCCACUAUACUCUGAAUAAUUUAUAUCACUUGUGGCCCUGGACCUCCUCUUCAUGAAGGCAUGCCUAAUUUGUACUUUGAUCAGAAAUGUUUUAAUAGAAAACUGCCUGAAUGGAAGCUAAAACUUAUUCAAUUGACAUUUUAAGGACCUUGUGAAGGCAGAUUUUCAGAGUGAUAUGAUAUGAGCACUGCUGCUAUGAUAACAUCAUUCACAAUUCUGUAAAGUGCAGUGUCAUGUCUGGGAUUUAAUAUGCCUGAUAGAUAAAAUAAAAUGCCAUGCAUGCAAGUUUUAAAGCGAUGAGAGACAUGUAUUCCUUGAAGCACUUCAUUAGAGCUGUAGAGUUACAUGACCCUCCCCUAAUAAUUUCUGGAAUAGUGAUUUCAGUGCUCUCAAAUCACGCCCCUUUACAAAUAGAAUUUUCUUUGAGAUUUAAUUUUCACAUCCAAGCGAGGCAAUUUCAUUUAAAGAUUUUUGGUCUCUCAGGGGGGGGGGGGGUGGGGAAGAGAUGAAAAACUCCCAUUGGCUGAGCACUGUAGAAAGUAGAAAUUUGAGGGGGCAUGACUCCCCCCGCCCGGCAAGUGGCCAUGCUUCAUCAUUCGAUACAUGUACUGUAUCAUCACAAUUUUGUGAUUUUAUACAUGUAGUUAUUCUACAAUAUUUUGGUUAAUAAUUUUAUACGCAUUCAUUCAAUUAUUGUUUGAAAUAAAUAUUCAAAACUAUAAAGAACAAUAAUUUUUUAAUUCAAUUGGAGAGCCUCUAUUUGUUUGCACUCAUAAAAUAAAGGAUAAGCAUUGAUUUUUUUAGUUUUCGUAACAGUUUGCAAAUUGGACUGUGAUAUGUUUGAUAUCCCGAGUCCUCUAUAUGUGCAAAUGACAUUGUUUAACAAUCAAAUAUUCACUGUGUAUUCACGAUAGUACUCAUUACAGUUGCACAAUAUCAAGCAGUCAGCACUUGUUGCUUUGAAUUUGUGUCUUAUUUACAUACAUUAUU